AUGGGACCACCAAUCAACACGUGGCCGUACAGCCACCCAAAAUUCAACACAAGUGAAGAGAAAAAGUGUCUGAUACAUACUCUAAUUGAUAGUGUACGAAGUGUAAGCAUCAACUGUACUGUAGUGGUAGUGUUAGUGCAAUUAUUAUAUAGUUUGACGUAUGUCACGGCUGGGCCAGUUAUAUUAAGCUUGGAUUAUUUGCAAGCUCCAGUUCCCCUAGCUAGAAAUAUAAGGCAUUUACCCUGCGUCUCAAGAAGAACAGGAGAAGAGGGGCUUUGCAUGUUUGCCAUAGACUGUCUCAAAUCCAAUGGAUCUCAUCUGGGGACAUGCAUCGACAGAUUUUAUUUUGGGUCCUGUUGUCAAAUUCCUGAUAAAAAUAUCCUGCCAAGUAUCAUUAAUAAUAUAGAAGAUAAUACUAUAGAUGGCUCAAAUUUUGUCCACCCGCAAGAAGACAAAAUUAUUAAUCAUUUAUAUAAAAAACCAACAAGUACUACAAAUAAGCCUAGCAGUUUACAUGUCCCAACGGAAACAACGGAAAACGCCCAAGAUAGAACAGCGUCAUAUGAGGACCAUAAUUUGGAUAAAAUUACGACCAUAGAUAACACGAUUAGAGAUAAAACUACACCCAGUUCAACAGAAUCAAUGAAAACAAGUCAGAAAAUAAAACCAACUGAAGUUCCAAUAAAAAUAUCUACAUUCCAAAGUGUAUCAAGUGACACAAGCUAUUUAACUUCACCAAAACCAGUUAAAGUAGAUACAACAGAGGCUAUUACAACAGAAAAACCAAAGCCUCCGAGAAAGCCCUCGAGGCCUACUUAUAAGCCCAGACCUACAUAUAGACCUACUAACUUUACAAGACCAUCAUACACAGGUACUGGCAAACCUAGGCCCACAAAGCCAAUAUCAACAGUAAUUCCAACAAGAAAACCGCCUUUUAGGGUUCCAUCUAAAAGACCUCCAACAAAAAAGCCAAUACAAAUUCCACCAAGAUUAAAUAUAACAAUAUUACCACAAUCUACAAGCUCAAGACCAGCAUUUUCACGUCCAUCAGGUCCAUCAAUCAUUUAUAUUAAUCAUACGCUGUCAAAGCUUGAAGAAAACACUUUACCUACAGUAUUUAACAAUACUUCAUCAACUAAUCCCAGUACAACAGCAACAGAACCAAGUACAACUACAACCACUUCUGCACCUUCAACUACUGUAAGUAGUUCAACUAAUCCAAGCACAACGACUGUAACCACAACAACAACGACCACACCAGCACCUACAACGACCACACCAGCACCUACAACGACCACACCAGCACCUACAACGACAGAGAAACAACAAACGGAAUCAAUUACGGAAACACUUGCAAUAGAAACAGAAUCAAUUCUUCAAACUGAAACCCUCUCUACUACUGAACCAUCUAAAGUAGAACUAACAACAGAAAUAUCAAAAGAAACGGAAAUAGAAACAACUAUAGGAAUUACAGAACCAAUUACAAUCGCAGAAACAACAGAUUUUAAAGAUAUAACAACGCAAGCGUUGACAGAACGAGAAACAAUAAGAACGACAGAGGUUGAAAUUACAACAACCGACUUCCCACCAUUCGUUACCUGGUCGUCAAACGUGAACACAGCAACAAAGACGCCAGAAAAACCAACCACCGAAGCUGAAGAUAAUUGGUCACCAAUAACUCCACCAGAAGGAUGGGUGCUGCUAACUACAUCAAAACCAGAAACAACAUCAAAACCAGAAACAACAUCAACAUCAACAACUACGACAACGACAUCCACAGAAACAACAACAGCAGAGCAAUUACCAACGGUUAUAACAACUGAGUCGACUCGUGCACCAUCAAUUUCCAGUGUCGAAACCACACAAUCUACGACAACCACAACAACCACUACUUCAACAUCAACAUCAGCCCAACAGAUUCCGGAGUUCAUCGUAAAUGUUACGUUAUCACCAACAGUUCCAACUACAACGGAAAGUUUAAAGGAAAAUGUAACGUCUAGUGAAAACUCAACUAACGCAGUGGACGUCAAUGAGGUAACGACAGCAACAAUAGAAAUGGCCUACAACAUGUCAAAUUUCAAAGAUGUGUGCGGACGUCGUAUGUGGCCUCAGGCUCGCAUAGUUGGUGGAGCCAAGUCCAGCUUCGGUGAAUGGCCCUGGCAGAUAUCACUUAGGCAGUAUAGGACCUCUACGUACUUACACAAGUGUGGUGCGGCUUUGUUGAAUGAAAAUUGGGCAAUUACAGCAGCGCAUUGUGUGGAACACGUGCCGCCAUCUGAGCUUUUAGUGCGUCUUGGAGAACAUGACUUGGCGACUGAAGACGAACCCUACGGCUUCGCGGAAAGGCGGGUGCAGAUCAUAGCUAGCCAUCCACACUUUGACCCGGCUACCUUUGAAUAUGACCUCGCAUUGUUAAGAUUUUACGAGCCAGUAACAUUCCAACCAAAUAUUCUACCAAUUUGUGUACCGGACAAUGAUGAUGACUACGUUGGAAAGACUGCGUACGUCACUGGCUGGGGUCGCUUGUAUGACGAGGGACCACUGCCAAGCGUGCUUCAGGAGGUACAAGUGCCGAUAAUCAACAACACUGCGUGCGAAUCAAUGUACCAAUCGGCUGGAUACAACGAACACAUUCCCAACAUAUUUAUUUGCGCGGGAUGGAAGAAUGGAGGCUCUGAUAGUUGUGAAGGUGACAGUGGAGGACCGAUGGUUAUCCAAAGGGAUAGGGAUAACCGUUACGUUCUUGGUGGGAUCAUUUCGUGGGGUAUUGGCUGUGCGGAGCCAAACCAACCCGGAGUUUACACGCGAAUAUCAGAGUUCCGGGACUGGAUCAACCAAAUAUUGCAAGUUUUAGAUCACCUAAAGAUACUUUUUAGUGAUGCAAAAUGA